AUGGCUGAUCAAAUCAAACUGCGACGAAGGCAAAAACGAGAGAAGAAUAUUUCAGCUGAACGAGCACGUUCUCCUACUAGUAGUACGCCAGAAAUCUGCUUGAAAUGCACCCAACAAGCGAUUGGCUAUCAACAUCUCAUGUCUAUACUCGAUCCAUCUAACGUCUCCGAAACUUACAUCAACCUUUCCGCAGUUCUACAAGCCUGUCCUCAUAGAACAUCCUCGCAAACCCUAACCGAAUCAUCUCCUACCACUCCUCUUAUGACGAAUUCACAUUCACUCUCGCCUUUUAUCCUGGCUCAACAGCCCUCAAUGAUGAAUGAGGUUAGAGAAGAACCGGAUUGA